UGUGAGGUUAUCAAUGUUAACAGCAGAUGGAAACUCGCCAUACAUCAUUUCUCCUAAAGGGUUCCCAUUCAUGGGCAGGGUUUAUGAAAGAAUAUUUUUUUCAGACAAUGGCCUGGUUCAAUUCCAAACAGCUGAUUCAAACGAGCAGCUCCUUCUUCCUAUUCCAUUCCCUAAAGGAUUUAGUGGUGAUGAGAGCAUGGCCAUGUUGGCUGUGUUCUGGGAUGAUGCUAACCUCACAUUAGGAGAUGGCAAACUCUUCUACAAGGAAUAUAAUCAGGUGAACAUAUCAGAUGUUUACUCACAAAUAGUCUUCAAUCGUACAUCUAAAGAUGUGACUCAGUUUGAGAUAAAACGGGGGAAACCUGCAUUUACUCCAACAUGGAUUCUGAAAAUCACAUGGGACCAUAUCCUGCCUAUUUCCUACCAGAAAAUCAACUUGUCUGAGACAAACACCUUUCAAGCUAUCCUGACCACAGAUGGGAUUCGCUCGUUUGCCUUACUUCGAUAUGGUGACAUGAGCUGGGGUCCAGGACAAAGAAUUUUCCACAACGCUCUGAUAGGCUACACUGAUGGCAUUGGAACCUUUCACAAUGAGAUUCCCAACCCACCCAGCAAUUUGUUUGGCCCAGGGGGUCGUUAUCGGCCUCAGAGCAAAGUGGGAAGCACAGGCCAGUUGGGGCAGCUUCUGUAUGACUUGUCUGGAGACACAGUGGUCAGCGCAGAUCCUCAAAGGCAGUGCCAGGUAUGGGCUAUAAAGGAGCCAGAGCCCAAAGACUGGACACUAGGGCUGACACCAUGCCCUUGUACUCGAUCCCAGGCUUUGGAUGACCUGGCAUUUGGUCCCGAGACCAUGCCAGAGUAUAAUGGCACAUAUGUGCAGAAUCUGCGGGGUCUCCGUUGGGGAGGAAAUGCAGGACAAGUGUUUCAGUCAAUACUCUUCAACAAGCAAAAUGCUGGAAAGAGGUGUGUGUAUGACCCCCAAGGCCCAUUGCUGGCUGGAUACAGUGAACGAUAUUUUACCAAUGACAGGAUAAAAGAGCACAUUGAUAAGGAUCUCAUGCCCUUUCAGUGGUGCUGUGUCCAGUCUUCCUUUUGUGAACUUUACUUGGCUAAGAGACCAAUAGACCGGUGUCAGGGCUAUGGCUGGACACGUUUAGACCAGAGCAUUCCAGAAAGCACAGGAGCACCUGGCCUUGGUUUGGCAUAUGGGAGCCUCCACUUUGUUACAUUCGAUGGAACUAACUAUACCUUCAAAGCCAUAGGAGUGUUUGUAAUCAUGCGUCUGUCUUCCAGUAAAGGCUCCAAUGUCUUCACUCUGCAGGGACAAACAGGGGUGAUAGAAGCUAAUGGACAGCCCAGACAAGUGCCAGCUCUAGUGUGUUUAGCUGCAUACCACCAGGUCUUCGGCAAGGUGGAAUGGCGAAGCUCUGUGACUGAAGAAAAGCUCAUUGUACUAAUCAAUGAUGUGGAGUUUCCAGUGUUUGCAGGUGUAGUACAUGUUGUACAACAAGGCUUUGCAGUGCGCUGUCCUUCGGUGCAGCACUGUGCCACUGUCUAUGAAGGAGGACUGAAUGUGGCUGUGUGGAUGGGGGGUGCGAAGAGACUCUCUACACUGGUGGAGGUUCCACAGAGCUUUUACAAUCGCACUGUAGGCCUCCUGGGCCUCUGGAGCUCCAAGACUUCUGAUGACUUCCUACUCUCCAAUGGACAAUUACUGUCUAUGCCUGACAGCACCACCCCCUCUGAGAACAAACUUCUGCUGUUCGGACAAUCAUGGGCUGUCCCUAUUCCAGAGAGUCUCCUUUUCACCACUCCUCUUCUGACACCAUUUCAACCAGUGAGCACAGAGGAAUUGAUGGCAUCAGUUAGCCCGGAUACACUGGCCACACUUCAGGAGACCUGCCAGGGGAGCAUGCAAUGUGUCCAUGAUAUCUUAGCCACAAAGAACACAGAUCUGGGCCUACAGAGCCUGCAGGACCAAAGGCAAAUCUACAAGCUUGCUGUUAACUUUGGUAAUAUACCACCCAUAUUGAGUGAGCCCACAGUAAUCCGCUGUAAGGUGAACACUACAGUAAGAGUGCAGUUUGUAGCACAGGAUGCUAACAGAGACUUCAUCACCUUCUCCCUGCUCCAUCCACGGCCGCCUUUGGCCACCAUAGGAAGAGAUGAUGGAGUUUUAGUGUGGACUCCAUUAAAUAUUCAACCCGUGCUGCUCACUGUACAGGUGAGUGACCAUAUGUCCAGCUCUCUUCUUAUCCCCAUUCUGCAACUCUGCAACUGUCUGAACGGAGGAACCUGCCAGUACCAGAGUGUGCCAGAGAACCACUUGCAGGGAAAAUUCCAGGUUGUUGGGUGUCUGUGCCCACCAGGUUUUGGUGGAAGAUACUGUGGAUCUAGAACGGAUGUGUGUCGAGGCAAGCCUUGCUUCCCUGGAGUGGACUGCCACAGUCAGACAGAGGGGGACCGUUUUAGCUGUGGAGAUUGUCCUCCCCCUAGUGUUUCCAAUGACAAACAAGGUUACAAAUGCUUUCAGAAUGAUUUCUGCCUUCCGCCUUUUCGCUUUCCCUGUCAUGAGAUGGCAGACUGCGACAGCACAGGCUAUAACUACACAUGCCGAUGUAAGCCUGGCUUUUCUGGUGAUGGUCGUGUGUGCACAGAUAUCGAUGAGUGUCAGAACCCUGAAACCUGUCCUAAUGCAAAGUUUGAGUGUGUGAACACACCUGGCUCAGUGGAAUGCUCCUGUCGCUAUCAGAGCACCCUGGAGUCUAAUGGCUGUGGCGAUUCUCCAAAUCCUACAGGGUGGAAUAUUUUUAAUGUGUCUGUCAACUGGAACAGUCAAAAAACUGGACAACAGAAAGUGAAACAGCUGGAGCAAAUCCUUUCUAUGGGUUUCCAGAAUAAAUUCUACAGUGCCAGAACAUUGCUGCCUAACUCAGGAUCCGAGGAAGAGAAUGAGCUUAGAAUCAAUGUGUCCAGUGACACUCCUCAUUGGUACAUCAUGGACUACCUGAGGAGAGUGGGUCACUACUAUGGCAUCACAUCAGCCUAUGUGGAAGAUCUUGAUGAGUGUCACACCAACGAGACUGUGUGUUCACAGCUAGCUGUUUGUUACAACACUUAUGGAGGCUACAGAUGUGUGUGUAAUGACACUGACAUUAAUGAGGCACAGGCUUGCAUUUUUGACAGGAACAAUCUUAAUAAAUCUGCGAUAGAUGCCUUAACUCAGCAAGACAAUAAAUCUCUGAUUCUUGGUUUGGUUCUGGGCAUCGGCAUCCCUCUUCUCCUCCUCCUGCUGCUGGCUGCUCUGGCCUGCUUCUGCUGCUGUCACAGGAAAACAGUCACUGGAGAAAUUCCUCACUUACUGCCAGAAUAUGUUCACGAGCAUUUCAACACCCAUUUCAACUACAGCAAUCCUGCCCUGCACUACAAGAGCCACUGCAGCCCACGUAUCCUUGACAACAUCACACCCAGAAACAAAUGUUACAAUCCAGCCUGUCCCACUUCUGACACCUGCACUCAUGACUUCAGUUGCAUAUAUGAGGAGGGUGAGAAGAUAAAUAUAUGAAAGGAAAUAGCUAGAAAAUAUAAAUGACUAUUUUUUUUUUUUUAAACUUGUGCACUUUGAUCAAAUGGAAAACAUGUUAAUGGCACAUGCACUGCAUUUUUAUACGUAUACUAUGUCUGGCUGUUGAUCUUAUAUGAAAUAUAUUAACAUAUACUUACAUUUUAGCCUACUUCGUUUAAAUAAUUGAAUUAAACUCUUUUGGAAGCAUGCAUGCAAUUGUUAGUCAUUUCAGCACUGAAAAUAAUUGUUUAUAUCUAAUGAAACUGAAAGGGCAGUUGCUGAAAAUAGCAGUAAAUCAACAGAG